CUCUUUGCGGCAGUAAUCUAGAGAAUACGGCGGCUAGCCCCCGCGGCCCGCCUCGCACAUUCCAGGUACACAGCCCGCAGAGACCCCUGCACGUGCUCCUGCGCAGGCGCAGGCCCACUGGGUAGCGUUCACCCAGGGCCGCUUCGUACUCCAGUGCCCCCGAGUGGCUUCUGCCUCUGCGCGCCAGGCUCGGGGUCGUCGCUGCCCCUUCUCCAGGUCCUCCGUAGCCCCUGCCCUGGCCAAGCCUGGCGUCCACUCCCCUCUAACCCUGCAUUGCACAAUGUGGGAGCAAAGUCCCCGAGGGUGUGAACCCGGGUUUCCCUGCCCCUGGGCGGAGACGCGCGGCGGCUGUGCAGGCAGCGGAGCCGGCGAGCGUGCUGUCGGCGCGAUCCUCAGGCCCGGACCCCGCGAGUUCCCCGCAAGCCGCGGCCUCAAGCCCCCGCGCCGCUGGGCUCCGCCGCCAGGCCCGCCCGCCGCUCCCCUCACAGGCCCGCGCCGCCGCCGCAGCCAUGGCGGAAGUCCAUAGACGUCAGCAUGCUCGGGUUAAAGGAGAAGCCCCCGCGAAAUCCUCCACACACAGAGAUGAGGAGGAGCUGGGGAUGGCGUCGGCCGAAACGCUGACCGUGUUCCUGAAGCUGCUGGCCGCCGGCUUCUACGGCGUGAGCUCCUUCCUGAUCGUGGUGGUGAACAAGAGCGUGCUCACCAACUACAGAUUUCCCUCCUCGCUAUGUGUUGGACUUGGCCAGAUGGUGGCCACAGUGGCAGUUCUCUGGGUGGGAAAGGCAUUCAGAGUAGUCAAGUUUCCUGACUUUGACAGAAAUGUACCUCGAAAGACGUUUCCACUACCUCUACUAUAUUUUGGGAACCAAAUCACGGGACUGUUCAGCACAAAGAAACUGAACUUACCAAUGUUUACAGUUUUAAGAAGGUUCUCCAUCCUGUUUACAAUGUUUGCUGAAGGAGUUUUACUCAAGAAGACUUUUUCUUGGGGUAUUCAGAUGACCGUAUUUGCAAUGAUUAUUGGAGCCUUUGUAGCUGCCAGCUCUGACUUGGCAUUUGAUCUGGAAGGAUAUGUUUUUAUUCUGAUAAACGAUGUACUGACAGCAGCAAAUGGUGCAUACGUAAAACAAAAAUUAGAUUCAAAAGAGCUGGGGAAAUAUGGUCUCCUCUAUUACAACGCACUGUUCAUGAUUCUGCCCACCCUGGCCAUUGCAUAUUUCACAGGAGAUGCACAAAAGGCAAUGGAGUUUGAAGGCUGGGCCGACACCCUCUUUCUUCUACAGUUCACCCUCUCCUGUGUGAUGGGGUUCAUCUUGAUGUAUGCCACAGUGCUCUGCACUCAGUAUAAUUCUGCUCUUACAACUACAAUAGUUGGCUGUAUUAAGAAUAUAUUAAUAACUUACAUUGGAAUGGUCUUUGGUGGAGAUUAUAUUUUCACAUGGACAAAUUUCAUUGGCUUAAAUAUCAGUAUUGCUGGGAGCCUGGUGUACUCGUACAUCACUUUCACUGAGGAGCAGCUGAGCAAACAGUCAGAGGCCAGUAACAAGCUGGACAUGAAGGGGAAAGGAGCAGUGUGACCAGAGGACUGCUCCAACUGCAUGUGCCCAAGUUUCUGAUCAACUCAGAACUCUGGCAGAUGCCAAGAUGAUUACAAGAAAAUGCCAUUCCUUUUGCACUUGUACAAUCCAAGGAUUGAUUGCUGCCUUUUGAAAUUUUAUGAGAGAAACUUAUAAUUGACUCUAUUUUAAAUAUAUUGUUUGAAUUAAUUUA